AUGAGAGCUGCUGAUUGGAUUUUUGAGGUUGAAAAGAUAUUCCAAGCUUUGGAAUGUCCUUUGGUGCAGAAGGUGACUUUGGCUGCCUUCAUGCUUUCUGGAGAGGCUGGAGUCAGGUGGCAAGGUCCUUUGCAGAGGAUGAUAGCUGCAGGUAUCCAUGUGAACUGGGAGAAUUUCAAGUGGCUAUUCAUGAAAAAAUACUUUCCACGAGAUGUGAGGCAUACGAAGCAAGUGGAAUUCCUUGAGUUGAAACAAGGAGAGAAUUAUGUAGCUGAGUAUGUGACUAAGUUUGAAGAUCUAGUUAGAUUUUGUCCCAUGUAUGAUGGUGUGGGUAAUGAAGAGGACAAAUGUGUGAAGUUUGUGAGUGGUCUUCGCCCUAAGAUCAAGCAAGUUUUCAACUCCCAAGGGAUCACUCAAUAUCAUGAACUGGUAUACAAGUGUCGAGUCUAUGAUGAGGACAACCGUGCUAGAGUAACUCAUUAUAAGAGUGGAGGACCCAUGAAGAAUCAUAAUAAGUUUGGUUUAUCUAGUAAGGGUAAACCUUACACUAAGUGUUGGGGAUCCGAGUUGUAA